AUGAAAGGCUUCGACGAAAGAAGAAGUCGAAUCAUUAUAACAACAAGGGAUAAACAAGUGCUUAGAGAUUGUGGAUUGACUGAUGCCACCAUAUAUGCAGUCAAAGAAUUACAUAGUGAUGAAUCUCUUCAACUUUUUAAACAGUAUGCCUUCAGGCAAAACCAUCCCAUUGGUGAAGAUUACAAGGAGCUAUCAAAUAGAGUGAUAAGUUAUACCAAAGGUGUGCCAUUAGCUCUAAUAGUUUUAGGUUCCUUUCUACUUGAUAGAGAAAAACAUGAAUGGGAAAGUGCACUGGAUAAAUUAAGAAAAUGUCCACAUAAUGAUAUCCAAUCAGUGCUAAAGAUAAGUUAUGAUGGAUUAGAUGAUGAAGAGAAGGAUUUAUUUCUAGAUAUUGCAUGUUUUUUCAAAGGAUGGGAGGAAAAUCUUGUGAAAGAAAUUUUUCAUGCCAAUAGUAUCUCUUCACAAAUUGGAAUAAGGGUUCUUAUUGAUAAGACUCUUAUAACUAUUUCAGACAACACCAUAAGAAUGCAUGAUUUGCUUCAAGAAAUGGGUAAGGAAAUUGUUCGACAAGAAUCCGUCAAAAGACCUGGCGAACGUAGUCGACUGUGGCAUCAUAAUGAUGUCUAUUAUGUUCUAAAGGAAAUUAAGGGAACUGAUAUGAUACGAGGCCUAAGGUUUGAUAUGUCUUAUAUAAGAGAGAUACACUCAAAUUCUCAUUCUUUCUCAGAGAUGGAUAAUCUAAGAUUCUUGAUAGGAGAGGGGUGCAAAAAUAAUAAAGUGCAUGGUUUUGAAGGCCUAGAAUUUGAUUUUGUGCAGCUAAGAUGCAUCUGUUGGGAUGGUUACUUUAGCACAUCAUUGCCGUUGAAGUUCUAUCAUGAGAACCUUGUUGUACUUAAUAUGCGAAACAGCAAUCUUGAACAGCUAUGGUCUGGAAUCAAGAAUCUUGCAAAUUUAAAAUACAUUGACCUGAGUUAUUCUGAGCAUCUGCUUAAAAUCCCAGACCUCUCACAAGCUCAAAACCUAAAGAGCGUAAGCCUUAUCAGUCUACCGAUUGGUAUUCAACCAGAUUCUCUUAAAGAUGUUGUUCUCUCUGGCUGCUCAAAUCUCAAUACUGCUCCAAGGAUCUCAUGCAAUAUGGAGCGAUUGUGUCUAGAUGGAACUGCAAUAACAGAAUUAUCUUCUUCCAUCAAAUGUGAUUCCAUACUAGUUGAAUUGAAUCUUAAAGGAUGUUCAAGCCUUGAGAGUCUACCAAGCAACUUUUGUAAAUUAAAGUCUCUUAAAUAUCUUUAUGUAUCUGGGUGUUUGAAACUGGAUAGAUUGCCCGAAGACAUAGGGAAUUUAGAAAGUUUGGAAGUGCUAGAAGUUAAUGGAACUGCUAUAAGGAAGUUACCGUCAUCCAUCGUAUAUUUGAAAAACCUUCAUGUUUUAACUUUUGACGGUUGUAACGGUCCAGAUAUUUCGAGCUUGCUAUCACCUAGUUUGUCAAGUUUCGAAUUAUUGUGGAGUUUAAGUAUGAAUGACUGCAAUAUCACAGAGUUACCGGAAAACCUUGGUCACUUGUCCUCACUAAGAUAUUUAAAAUUAGCUGGAAACAAUUUUAGUAGCGUACCAGCAAGCAUCAUGAACCUUUCUAACUUGUGGCACCUUGACAUAAGGUUUUGUAGUAGGCUUCUAGCGUUACCAAAGCUCCCAUGUAAUAUACAAAAUCUAAACGCAGACGGCUGCAAAUUGCUGAAAGCAUUAUCAGGUUUGUCAAUUCAAAGUCAGAAAUAUAAUUACGGGGUGCUUAGCUUCAUAAAUUGCUUCAAUCUGGAUUGGAAUGCUUUCAGAAACAUUUUGAAUGAUAUUCUAUUUGGAAUGUCUGACGAUACAAUUUUACGGUCAAAAGUUACAAAGACAUCAUUUGACUAUAUCUACAAUCCACGUGACUAUAUGUGUUUCCCUGGAAGUGAAAUUCCAGAGUGGUUUAACAUUCAAAGUAGUGGAUCUUCUAUAAAGCUUCCACGAGUGGGAUAUGAAUUUCUUUUGAAAUGCGAAGGUCAUUACAAGAAAAUUGCUCAAGAUAAAUUUAUAGUUGGUGGAUUUAACUCAGAUCAUGUAUUCCUCGGGAAUAUAGAGAAAUGUGGGGUCCGAUUAUUGUUCACUCAAGACUUCAAGGAACCAAUAAAAAGAUCCAGAUGUUUCAUCUUUGAUGAAAAGGAAAUGGAAGAGCAAGAGAAAGAGGAAGCACACUUUAAGAGAUUGAAGUCUUCAAAUCUUUUUAAAGGCGGAUCUAGCUCAAGGGAGAAUUUUGAGUUGGGCACAAGUAUGAUGAUGAGUAAAGCAAUAGAGCAAGUUGUGACCAAUAACAGUGUAAAUUGUCCUAAUAAUAAUGGAGGUGGUGUUUGUGCUGGUGGUGUUGCUGAAGGGAGUUUUUUGCAGCAAAGUCAUGCUGGUGGUGAUGGUGUUUACGGAAGAGGGGAUAGGGGAACAGGCAAUAUGUCAGAGAUGGAAAAUAUAGUGUCAGCCAGUCCAAUUAGAGUUAGAGGACCAGGUGCAGUGGGUGGAACAGGUAUGAUAGGGAAAGUUGGAAAUGCUUUUGGGCAAGACAUUGGUGAUGUCUUCCCUCUGAUGUAUCCUCAGCCAUUUGCGUUUGAUCCAAGGAUUGGUGGGCCUACAGGGUGGAUGGGCAAUUAUAGGGGCUCUCUUGGAGCUUUAACGCCUCCAUUUUCUGGGAUUUUAUCCAGAUGUACUGUAAUCGAUGAAGAGGAAGCACGCACUACUGAGAUAUUAAAAUCUUCAAAUUUUUGUAAAGGAGAAUCCAGCUCAAGACCCCCAAUCAUCAAGAAUUAUCGAACAAGGGGCAGGAAGGGAAUUUUCAGUCCGGUGGCUGAGAUAAAGAUAACAAAUCUUGGAGAUAAGCAUCGUAAAGAUAAACAGGGUGAAACACUUACAAGAUAACUCAAAGGAGGCACAAGAUAAAGAUAACUAAAGGGAGGCAGAUGACACACAUGCACAACAAAGCUAUGAGACUGAUCCAACAGGCUGCUCGGCUAUAAAAGGAGGGCAAAGCAGUGAAGAAGGAUCAUAAAGGAAAAUUACAAUCAAUUAGGUUGAGUUUGGGGGCUUAGGCCUAGGGACCUUAGGAUGUUGUAGAUUGCAGCUCCAAGGUAUUGGUUCAGUUAUUUUCUCAACAAAGCUGUGUAUUCUGGAUAUCUAUUUCAAUCAAUAAAUUAGUCCGUCUUUAGUCAUUCAACUUCAUUCAAUCCAUUACAAUUACAAAGCAUUCCAAUUCCAUUAUAAAUCACAACACAAGUCCAGUCCCACUUGCUGCUCGGGUGAAGCAGAGGUAAGGGCAGCACUUGAGCAACUCCUGUAGUGGCAUCUCUGGAUCAGAAGCUGAAUGUGGUAUGGAAAUCACAGUGGUGACCUGCAUCAGCAUCGAUA